AUGUCAUAUUCAUCCUUGAUCAGGUUUAACAGGUUUAACGGGUACAAGAAACUCUAUCUUUCUAGGCAGUUAAGAUUUGAUUGUCAGGCCAUGAAGACCUGGGCUUUUUGCUUUUUCCUGCUUCAAGGAGUGACGUGUAAGAAAUGGAUGUUGGUUGGAGGAUUACUAGGUGGCGACGAUGCCACUGAUGCGGUUCCCACAAAUCAGGUUGAAUUGCUUGAACUGCAAAAUGAAGGACAAUCUGAUAACCCGGGCCAGUGGUGCUCCUUGAACCUGACUAGUAUGAAUAUGGCGCUGGAUGGAGCCACAAUCAACUUUAUUCCCACAUUCAACUUCGUGGAUUACCAUCAGGCAAACAACCCUGGGUCCGUAGCAUUCCCUUACCUGGAUCUACUCUGGGAGAAAGCCUUGUUGUGUGGUGGAUCCAACCCUGUUUCACAAAUACAAGAAAACUGCAGGUCUCAGACAGGCACAAUCAAGGUUGUUUUUAAGUCACAGUGGGGUAGGUUUCUACUUCAUUUUACCUACUACAGUCCCAGUGGGUAUUUGUGGAUUCUGGGAGGACGGGCUGGUUCCGAGAUUCUACAAGAUACUGAGAUACUUCGUAUUCCGCAUGCAAGGACUCCUGGACUAGAUUAUUCUAAAGGCUGGGAUUGGAUUAACAACAGAGCUAAGGAUAUUGCCAAAUGGGACGCUAUACCAGCUGCUCAGCAAUACCUGCCGAUGCCGCUGGCUGGUCAUUGUGUGCUGGAUGUUAAACUGGGCACUGAUAGGUUUGCGAUGGUUUUGGGCGGAGUUACUUCAGAGAAGAAUUCUGAUGGGGAGUAUAAACCUAAGUCAGGUCCAGUUAUAUCAAGCCAUGUUCAUUUAUACGAUUUUCAGAAUCCCUCGGCAGAAUCAUGCAUGUGUUUCUUAUAUUGAAGGGGGAGCUGUCAAGGUUAUGGUUGCUGGAGGUUUGACUAUAAAUGGUCAACGUCAAAGUUUGCCCCUUGAUUCAGUAGAAUCCUUGACCCUUGAUAUAGCAGGAGAAUCCUGGUUUCAGGAGGCAAAACUGCCAAAUAUAAUCAUAGGUGGUAAAAUGACUGUAGUAAACAACAGACCAGCUUUGCUCGGUAGAUUUGGAUUCGAAAAUACUAAUAUUAUGCUUCGCUAUACUCUGCAGCAGACCUGGGAAAUUAUUCCGACCAAGUUAAAAGUUGGACGAAGUGAUUUUAAAAUAUUAGAACUCCCCGUCCGAGCAGCUGUUUAUCCAGUUAACGGAAGGGUAUCUAGUGGUCCUGAUGCUACUUAUAACUUGAAUAAAGUAAAGCGAGGAAGUGAGUUUACAACAGGGAAACAGAUUCACCCCUGGGUAGAACUAGAUCUUGGUGCAGAGAUAAAUAUAGCCGGGGUUAAGUUUGAAUCCGGAAGCAGUGCUACCGCUCAGGCUGUAGAGAUCCGGGUUGGGUCGUCUCCUAUUCCAGGAGGGGAGACGGUAGAUACAUUGAUCAGUGUUAACAAUAAAUGCUCUGGAGCUCCUGAUGGUGUUACAGCCCCAGUGUACAGUGCAUGUAAUAAGAAAGGAAGAUAUGUUACUGUUCAACUAAUAGCUACAACACCAGACACUCUUCUUGAAGUUGGAAGAAUUAGAGUGUAUGGCAGCACUCCAUCUUGUUUCUAAAAUACUAAACAUCUAGAUGUAAACAAAACAGAUAACAAUGUAAGAAUAUUAAUAAAAAUAUAUUUUACUUGCUUA